AUGGAGAAAGUAUCAGCAUUGUUCUCUUCUGCUGCUAAUGGGAAAAAUUUUCAGCCUCUGGAACUGCAGGAGCAAAGCUGCCAGUUUUUUGGCUGCUCCUUUCUCAAGGAGCAGCUGACAAGACACGAAGCAUUAAAUAAAAGGACAGAAAGGCACGGUGAGAAACACAGAGAGGAUUCAACACUGAUUUCAGUGCAAGAAAACAAGCACGCUAACACUUCUUUGGUUGCUUUAGGAGAUUUUGGAAACAGUAAAAAGAAGAAAAUCGCGUGCAGCUCAUUUUCUAGAGAAAUCUGCUUCAGAACGGAUUACCACAGGGCAGCCCCGGCGCCUUCCCGCCACAGCCUGCAGCGCACGGCCGGCCCGCCAGAGGGCAGCACAGCGCAGCGCCCCGCAUCGCCACCGCUCGGGGUUAGCAGCGAGCAGCGGGCCGCGUUCCGCGGUCUCAUCAGCGCGGUCUGCGCCGCGAGCGAGCCGCUGAUUUACAUGCAAAGUGUUACAGCAAGAGCUAUAAAGGAAAGGCUCAUGGACUGCGCGCACUGUUAUAUGUCAGCCUUCAAACGCGUUCUGCGUUGCAGUUUGUGGCACAUUUCACUUCUGUCUGCUGAGCAGCCCUGCAGCUCCAAGGCAAACAACACUUUGUAAGGACCUUCCUGGGGACUGGAGCUGGGAGACUGCAGCAGCACUUGGUGAUGAACACGCGGAGCUGUAGAGAACUUUGAGAAGUGGCUACAAAGCACAGGAAGCUCAACAGAAAGACACACUCAUUUCAACAGCCUUCAGCUUAAAUCCGUGUGAAUUAUUAUAAUCCACAUACCAGAAACUGUAAUUAGCUACUCUAUUUGAUUUGUCCUUUUUUUUCCCAGCCAUAUAAAAACACAUAAAAUGAAAUAAAAAAA